UCCUUUUCCAUGUUUUAUAAGUGGCUCGGAAAAGACCAAACCUUUAUUGAUAAAAGAAAUACACAGAAAAAAUCUCAUCGAAACACAACAGAAACCUCUUCGUGUCCGCGUUUGAAAGAAAAAAAAAGCCCACCCCUUUACUCGCCUCGCCUCUCGCUUCCUAUCCCCACUUAAUCGAUUCCUUAUUAAAUACCUCCUCCCUCCUCCCUCCUCCCUCCUCUUUGAUCUAUUUAACCUCUCUAGGAAACCCAACGGGGAAAAAGAAGAAGAAGAAGAAAGGGUCUUUCUCUGCAAGAAAAUCAUUAGUCACAUCCUUUUUUGAAACCUCUUUAAAUAAUCCUUAUAGCCCAUUAAUCUCCUCGAUUUCCCAUUCCAGGUAACCAGAAAAAACCGAGUCUUUAAUUUUAUUUUUUAGCCGGCCGAGUUGACUCGCUAUGACUCGCCAGGGGAUUCUUCUGCGAUCACCUUCUUCGAACCGAAGGAUGCAGCCUUUGUUGACAGAAGCGACAGGGUCAAAAAUGGUACCAACAGGAGAGGGGAGGGAGAAGAAUUUGGCAAGGACGAAAACGCAGAGUUUUGGUGAGGUGGCAGGUGGCACGGCAGCGGUGUGUUGCUGCUGUCCAUGCACGGUGAUAAACCUACUUGUUUUAGCCGUUUAUAAGGUGCCGGCUUGUUUAUGCAAGAAAGCCAAGACACGACACCGUUUGAGAAAAAAGAAGCAGAAAGAAAGGUCCCUGUUAUCUCCCAGUAGCGGUGGGUCCAGGGAGGAGGAAUUACAGUCAGAGAAGAAGGCUACAGAGGUUGUGGAGAAAGGGAUAUGUUGUGAUCAGCAUGAUCAUAAUCAUGAUGAAGAAACUGAAGCCGCUGAUUUGGAGAAGCAAAUGUGGGACCAGUUUUACAAUACUGGGUUUUGGAGGAGCCCAUCUCAAAGAGGUACAUGAUGGAUGCUGCAAGACUGGUGUCUGGUAUAAAAUAAUGGGUCUCGAGAUUGUGCUUCGGUGGUGGUAAAGGGUGCAAAUGCGGGGUGUUUUGAACUUGAUAGCGAUGGAUUGGAUUUGUACUUUGAAAGGAAGUGUACAACUGCAAAUUGGUUUUUGUGUGUGGUCCAAGGCGAGUUCGUCAAGAUUAAUUUCUGUGGGCCUUCGUGUAAGAACAUACUGAGUUCUUCUGACAAUGGAGAUGUAUUGCAUCAUGCAAUGUGGAGAUGUCCUUGUAUUGUCUUUCUGUUGGAUAAUUGGCGUGGACUGGGGUGGUGAGAGAAAAAAUUACACAUUGGAUAGUUUUUCCAUAAUUAUUCUUUUUUGGGUUCGUGGGAUAUGAUGCUUUUUGUGAUUUGGGAUGGGGAUUUGAGGGUAGAUUGAGUGAGAACCUUACAUAGAAGGGAAUCUAAUUCCAUGAUCACCAGACGCCUUCGCUUCCUAAUUGUAAAUCUGGUGUUCGUUUAUAGUUUUUUGCCCUUUUAUGUUCAUUUUAUUUCUGGGUUUUGGCU